AUGUCGUCUGCAGACGCUGCCGACUUCGGCUUCAAGCGAUUCCGCGUCGCCAGAGCUUGCGUUGUCUGUCGCCUGCGCAAGACCAAAUGCAAUGGCGAGCAGCCAUGCGAUCGCUGCAAAGCGCACUCGGCGGAAUGCAAGUACGAAACUGUCGAAUCCCCCGUCCCCAAGCGUGUCAGUCGAACCGGCUCGACAUCCUCAAUUCCCAGCAACGCCCGCGCAUCGCAUCCAAGAGACAGCAACGACGACGGCAACAGUGACGACGCAUCCGUCACCGCUUCUGCCGAAGCCAGAGCUGUAAAAAGGCAGAAACGUGCCAUGAUUGAUCAAAUUGCAGACCGACGUUGGGGCGAUCGGCAUCAUGCCGCCCGCUCCUCCAAUAGCUCCCGCAAGCCUGGCUAUGUGCAGCAUCAUCUCGAACUCUACGCCUCGGUCGACCAAGACGAACCUGCCGAGAACGAUACAGACCUGCACACCGAGGACGGUAUCCGUGCGCACGAUCAGAACACGGGCAACAUGCAGUUCUAUGGAUUCACCUCCAACUUCAAUUUCCAGCACAGGCUCGCCCAGACGGUAGAGGCGCUACGAUUGCGAGAGCGGCACCAGCAUGCAAGUAGCGGCACCAACACCAGCAGCAGCAACAUCGCUUCGAGAUCGGCGAAUGGAGGCAACAGCGCCGCAUCGGCAAGCACGUCUGACAAGAGCAGUCGGUCUCAUCUACCAGAAAGCAUGAAGACUUGGGGCCACCAGGACAUCAUCUUCCGACAGACUCUCUCUGAUAAGAGCUUCCCUACUCUUGAUGCCACCAAAGAUGCAGUAGGCGACUCGACCUUCUUGCCGCCGUCCAUCGUCGACCGUUUCAUCGAAAACUACAUGACCCUCAUCCAGCCCCAGCUCGGUGCGGUUCCGAAACGGCAGAUCAUCAAGUGGGUCAAGGAUGCAAAAGCGCUCGGCUACCUUUCGCGUGGCUUCUCCGGAGUGCCUUCCAUGGCCGCGUCCGGUCCUGGCACUCACAGCAGCAGCAAACUCCAAUUAGGUCAGAAGUCUGGUCCUGUCCCCCUGCGUACCAACGAGCUCGCGGCGCUUUACGUCGUCCUUGCGCUGGGUGCCCUGAUGGAUGAAGGCGACUGGGAAGAUUGUUUUGCGCCCGUCUCGCUGACACGCGAAGGCGCCAUCGCUUGCGCCACCACACUGUUUCUGCUCGCCAAAAAGCGACUCGAAGAGAUUGUCGAAAAUUCGAGCAUCCAGAGUGCACGCUGUCUCGUGCUCAUGAGCUUCUUCUCGCUCCAGUGGUCCAGCCCCAACGUUGCCUACCUCUACAUUGGCUAUGCAGCACGCAUGUGCAUCUCGAUCGGCCUUCACCGCGAGACCUUCUACUCGUCCAGCAACCCGAGAAGCGCAGAGCAUCGGCAACUCUGGUGGACCUGCUACGGCAUCGAGAGGAUGAUCUCGACGUGGUUCGGUCAGGCGACCGCCAUCCGCGAUGAUGACGCCACCGCCCGACUGCCUCAGCCGGACAACUCGUACGACGCCUACUUGCUCGUAUAUGCGCAGGUUGCACGUGUCUGCUCCGACAUGAGCCGGCUCUCUGCCAAUCCACCUGCAAAUGCGCAUGACGUGCUGCUCGCGUCUGAGCGUAUGGAAGCCGAGCUACUGCGCAUCCGGCACGAGGCGCCCAAGGAGCUCGCUAUCGGUCUAAGUGACGGCCACAAUCGCGAUGCCGACGACGAUUCGGACUCGUCCGACCUGGUGGUGCGGCGAUACUCGGUGACUAUCCUUUGGUGGUACCUGCGUCUACUCGUGCACAGUCCCCUCGUCAUCUUUGCGCUGUACUGCCGAUCCACAGGCACUGACAUUCCGCGUAGCGUGCUCGACAAGACGCACUUGUCUGCGCGCGCAGGUCAGCAAAUCAUCGAUGCGAUCGUCAAUGCGCGAAGCGACAUGCCGCGUCCGGGACUCGACAACAUGCGAUUCGGCAGCUUCUACCUGGACUCGGCGUGUACCAUCGUGUUGGCUGCCAUCUUGUGCGAUCCUAGCAAUCAGGAGAUGGCAUUCGUGUAUCUGGCGGCCAUCGACAGGGCGAUUAAGUAUCUCGAGAAGAAGGAGCGCAUCUACGCGGACCAUGGUACCACGGCGUCGCUGCACAAGGCGAGGGACUUGGUGGUGCUGGCGAGACAGGUGGUGAGAGCAGCUGCGGGGCAGUCGGCGAGCUCGAAAGUGAAUGAUCAGAAUGCUGCGAGGAGCAAAGCAGCGGCAGCGGCAGCUGCUGCCUCAGCUGCUUCGGCGAACGGAACGGCCAAUGCGAUCGGCAGCUCUGUAGAUGCCUCUGGAAGAAUUUCGCAAGUCGGAAACGGCCGUCUCACAUCGACCUUCUCGACUAGCUCUGAACGCGGUACUGCAUCGGCUGACGCUGAUGGCACGGAGGAAAAGGAGGGUCAUGGUGGCGAUGAUGAUGCCGUCGGCGCGGCACAUCAGCAGGCCAUUGCUGGCGACAUAGACGCCGAGGGUCACGGCACUCGGAGGGGCACUCCCACCGACCUAUCUGUCUCGUCGCUUCUUGGACCAAGCUCAACGUCUGCAAGCACAACGUAUAGACCAGUGUCGGGCACUUCACCCAACGCAGCGGUUGCGUCGGAAGGUGCACACGCCGAGGGCAAGAGCUAUGCUCACGAACGCGACGAAUGGAUGCAGUACUUCCUGUCUAACUUCGACUGGCUCUCUCAGCCGGGGACGACGCCGCAAGCGCUUCACCCCAACGGCAGCAGCACGCACAUGUCACCGGCAUUCACAACCGCAGGCACACCCGAUACGGUGGGCAGGAUGUUCUCCUCGAAUCACUCGACUGUGAGGGGUGGAGGAGGGGGAGUGUCGCUUACCUCGCCGGGCCUGGGCUCUCCUGGAAGUGCGGGUCGGCCGGCAUCGUUGAGUGAACUGGACAUCGGGCUGCUCAUGGGCGGUGUGAGUGUGAUGGAAGGCGUCAAUGACCCGAAUGAUUUCAACGGUGGCGUGGCGGCAGGACAUGGGAGCGGUGGCAGUGCGGGCGGUGCUUCGAGUGGAUACGCUGCGUGA